GCACCCGGAGCGCUGAGGGGGAGCCGCGUCUCGGCCCCGCUCCGCUCCAUGGAGGCGGCCAACGGGGCCCUGCCCGAGGGCGCGGCGGGGGGCUCCCGCGGCAGCGCGGCCGCCCCGUCGGCCAGGAAGCAGGUGAAGGUGGUGAUCGUGGGGGACGGCGGCUGCGGGAAGACUUCGCUGCUGAUGGUGUACGCUAAGGGCGCCUUCCCGGAGCAAUACGCACCGUCCGUCUUCGAGAAGUACACUACCAGCGUUACGGUGGGCAAGAAGGAGGUCACCCUAAACUUGUACGACACCGCAGGGCAGGAGGACUACGAUCGGUUACGACCACUUUCCUACCAGAACACCAACGUCGUGUUAAUUUGCUACGAUGUCAUGAACCCCACUAGCUAUGAUAAUGUGGCAGCCAAGUGGUAUCCUGAAGUGAAUCACUUCUGCCGCGGUGUCCCGCUCGUGCUCAUCGGCUGCAAGACAGACCUUCGGAAAGACAAGGAGCAGUUGCGCAAGCUCAGGGCUUCCAAGCAGGAACCCAUUACUUACAACCAGCUGGGUUAUUACUGUUACAAAUUUUUAAGCCUUGACAAGUUUGCUGGACUCCCUUCAUAAUUUUUACUAGCAUACAUUGCUCCUAUGACUAGUACUUUGAUCAGGAUUGUGAUAAAGACUGGAGAUGCCAGGAUACAUGCUACAGGAUUAAAAACACUGUUCUGGAAAAAACAGUUUUGCAAACCCUAUUUAAAAAUAAACCCUUUCAAGGACAACAGCAGCAACAUCUGCAAGGCUUCUCUAACCUAAGAGGCUUCUCUUUAAAGUGAUCUUAAAAAUAUCUACAUAUUAUCAAGUGUUUUCAGUUUAAGUUAUGGAGCAGUGAGGCUUACAGCUAGUGUUACAUCACUGACACAGCUGUCCUAGGUACAGGAGAAACAGUGAUGGAACAGUUUGUUCCAUGUCAUUUGAGCCCUUUCAGCUCAUCUCCCACCUUAUUUAAACUACAAAGCUAUCUUCUGCUCUCAUCUCAGAGCAAGAACAGCAGCUUCCAAACUGCUCGAGACGUAAGUCCAGGGAACAAGGUUAAGUGCAACCAGACCUUGAAUGAAUCACUGCUUUUUCUGAACAGCAUGAAAAGAAACUGCAACUGCAUCACCACUAAAGCACCCUGGGACUUUCAGCUUGUCUUCCUUGCGCGCAAGAUGAGAUGCCCAUCUUGUUGCUUUGUGAACAGCUGCUCCCUCAUCUGCCUUAAUAACUCCCAUUGUCACCCUCACAGCGAGGUUCAGGGCAAGCAACAGACAAUUCUGGCAAGUCUGCUGAGGCCUCAUGCAAGUAAAUUCCAGGCCCCACAAGAUGUACAAACUUUGUCUCCUAUGUGAGCCCUCCCACUUGGUUUUUCUCCCCUUAAAUAUACACUACCUCAGUCUUUUACAGCCAGUGGCAUCUUGAGCCAUGCGAAGUGAUGCUUCUAGUGCCAGGCCCAGAGGAGCUGAACACUAUCUGCCAGCACUGCAGCUUGCAAACCACUGGAAGGAGACAAACUUCACUUAAAUAUGAUGAAGAAAAAUCCCCCUAUGGAACCCUGAGUGCUCAAGUGACCCCACUCCCGGGGCUCAUAAUGAAUAAAUGCAGAGUUUGUGAGCUGUGGGUUGCAGACCUGGAAAUCCCACUCUAAGACUCAUAAGCAUUCAAAAGUGGGAGCUGGCUCUGCAAUGACAGAAGGAUCACAAGCAAAGUAAGAAGUCAGUGUCUUUUGUCUGUGGUGAUUUCACACUCCAGGAUUGCAUGCAAAUGUUUUAGAUCCUAGCCUGUUCCCAUUGCAUGCACUGGGGUGAGGUUGAGAAACACAGGCACCCAUUUGCGUAUGUGAGGAUUUUGGCUGAGCCCUUGUGAUGCUUCAAAGCCAAAGUUGGGGUUCUUGCAUGUGCACCAGCAAAACAAGGCAAGACAUUGGUCUAGAUUCUGCUCUUGCAUGUGACAUUCAUUACUAAAGGUGACAUCACAUAACAAUUAAGGUCAGGCCUGAAGAAACAUUGCUGUGGAGACAUCGUAUCCUCACUUGAGAAUCUACCUCAGCAUUUCUUUUAAACAAACUUAACACUGAGAAUGUUUUUACACUAUCAGCAGUCUGCAUCUUAGUCUCUAAUACACUGAACUGUCAGGCCAGGCUCUGGAUCAACACGGGGGGGGAAAAACUAGUUUGUUUAAUAGUGCCUCAGUUUAUUAGCAAUGCCACUUACACUCUAAUAUUAUAGUCAAAGGCAGGUUCUUUCUUCCUGAGCUCAUGAUAUAAAGAUGUACAAAAUAACUCCCUUUCUUUUCCAUCUCACAUUCCUUCUCUCAUUCCUUGGCUUUACAUCUCUCCUUACCUCCUGUUCU